UUGUGAUCCGCCGUGUCGAAACCCAGAGAAGAAGAGGAGCAGAAGAGGAAGCGCGCUGUGGUGCGGUCGUGCAGCAGGAAGUGAAGAGAGAGGGAAGAAGACUAGUCUGAGAGAAGAACAAGAACAAUGGGAGUAGACGUCGAGAUCAUUAACCCAGGAGACGGGACGACUUACCCGAAGAAGGGCCAGUACGUUAACGUCCACUACGUCGGCACGCUGACAAAUGGAAAACAGUUUGACUCCUCCAGGGACCGAGGAGAUCCCUUUAAGUUCUGUCUUGGUAAAGGUGAAGUCAUCAAAGCGUGGGAUGAGGGUGUAGCCAAGAUGAGUCUUGGCGAGAAGUCUAGGUUGACCUGUUCGCCAGACUACGCGUACGGCUCUAGAGGAUUCCCACCUGUCAUCCCAGGAGAUUCCACUCUCAUCUUCGAAGUGGAGCUGCUGAAAAUUUGUACAUGAAAGUUGCUCCUCAUUCCACCAACAUUUGACACAAAUAACUUUUAAUUAAAGGUGCUGUCAUUAGCAUUUAUAAACAUGAAUAAAUCAUUGUAGAAAGAAUUCUGGUAUCUUGGUAUGAUUGAGACAAAUUAGACUAAUGCCAGCGGUAGUUGUUGGUGCUAAGAUCAGAUAAAGAAAACAAAGAAAUAGUACAACAUUUUGGGAAAUAUUCUUAUUUCUUCCAGAAUUCAUGUGGCCUUCAUUAUUACAUUUGUCUGAUAAAUCUUUGAAUUGGCACAUUAGAUACAUAAUGAAGUAAUUGGACAGACUAGUGUGCUGUUCUUCCUUUAUUUUUUGUGUGCCUAAUCUGAACCAGUGGCACUAAAUCUGCACAAAAACAUCUUAUUUGUUCAUACCUGGUUAUUCAAGUGUCUCAAAAGUAGUGCAGAUAUUAUUAUUAAUGUCACAAAAUGCACAUGAAACACCUUUUAAUGAAGAGCUUAUUUGUUUUUUUCUUGCAUUAAUGUAUCUCUUCAUUCGAUGCAUUGAGUUGACAGCUUAAAACUUUUAACGCAAUGUAAAGAAACGCUUACAAACAAUAACGCUGUAUGAUUUAAUUUCCAUCCCUACUUGUGUUGCCCUUUAUCCUAUUAGAUUUUGAAUCCUGACCCUUAUACUAUACUCUUGGGUCUUUUUAUCAUAACAACUUAAAGGCCUCAAGAGUCUUUGUGUUAUGUCAUCAUGCUUAACAUGUUUUCUCUACAAUGCUUUACUUCUUGAUUGUGUCAUCCAUUAGAAAUGGUCUUUCCCGUAUUGCAUUCUUGCAUUAAAAACAAAUUACACAAUA